AUUUAAAAGAAAACUGUCAUCACAACAAGCCGCAACAAACGGCAGAGUUUCAAAGUUAGGUGUGCCACCGCCGAGUCGUUCGUUCGUUCGUGGUGCAAUUAAAAAGCGAUUAAAUUGUUCAAAUCAUGGCCCAAUCGACGCCAAAAGCGGGUCUCCGAAUGCAACUGCAACCACUAAUGCCGGAGGACAUGCGGUCCGAGCUGAUAGCCGCACUGAAGGUACAGAACGUACACAAUGUUCGCGUUGGAAGUGGCCGUCGUUUUAUGCUACCAGGAUCGCACAGCAACAGCCCGGUACGCUGCAUACCGACGCCCCAAAACAACGAAGCGGACAAACGACAGCAACUUCGCCUGCAAGCCGUACGGGAAAUUCGUACGUCCGAGGAGUCGUACCUGCGGCAGCUGGAUCUGCUGCUCGAAUACUUCGUGACACCGCUGCGCCAGAACGGGUUCCUCACCGAAAAGGUACACAAUCAGAUCUUUGGCCAGCUGGACACGAUACACAACCUUAGCCAGGAGCUGCUCAAAAAGCUGGACGAAAAUCUGGACAACGUGGUUAAGGCGUUCACCAAUCUGGGACCGUUUUUCAAGCUGUACUCGGUGUAUGCUUUCGAUUAUCGCAACUCGCUCUGCACGCUGCAAUCGCUGAUGGACAAAAACCCAACGCUCAAGCGAUACAUCACAAACACGGAAUCGCGUCCGGAAGUGCAGAUGAAGCUGAUCUCGCUGCUGAUCACACCGAUCCAGCGCAUCCCGCGGUACAAAUUGCUGCUGCAGCAGGUGCUCCUGUACACCAGCCCCUCGGAUGUUGCCUACAAACCGCUGCUCGAAUCGAUCCGCCUGGUCGAACAGUCCGUUUCGCACAUUAACGCCGUCGUAGAAGAUUACGAAAACACCCAACGACUGAUCACGGUCCAGAACGCGCUGACGAACAAAUCGCUCAAGCUGGUUAAGCCCGGCCGCAAGAUCCUGAAGGAGGGGUUCCUGCGCAAGCAAAAGACGGACGGUUCCACCUCGAAGAAGUACUGCAUCCUCAUGUCGGACAUGUUCAUGUACUGCCGGGUGGUGAAGGACGUCGAGGUGCUGCUGACGGAAGGUUCCAGCAUCGCGUGCAGCUGCGUGUUUCCGCUGAAGAAGUGCAAGAUUGUGCAGCUGUUCCGGGGCAACUUUCGGCUCACGUGCAGCGGCGAUGGGACGAUAUUUUGCUCGGACGGCGAGGACGAAAGCCAUGCCUGGUACGUCGCGAUAAGGGAAGCGAUCGAGCUGCACGUACAGUGCAGGAAAACGUUGCGCAAGCUGUCGAGCAACCGGAAACCGAUGCGCAAGAAACAUCUGCAGCGGCUAGAGCCGGAAGAUGAUAUUAUGUGGCUGUUGCGGCGUAAGACGGCUAGUCCGGAUCGCAUUCAAAAGCCGGACCGGUUGAAGCGGAGGCGCAGUAUGCUGUGGCCGUUUGGGAGCAUCAACUGCUUGGAGAUGAAUCGAUCGGUUGGAGAACCGAGUGGACAGCAACAGCAACAGUAUGCACCGGCGGGACCGGUGCCGGGUGCACCAUCGAUCGUACAGCAUCGAUUUCCACAGGCAACGACCAGUACCUCUGCCGCCGGCACUAGGACACAGUUUAGUUGGGGAGAGGAAAAUAGCAUUCAAAGCACCUCGUCGGACCAGCUUGGAGAGCUUAACAGUGGUAUAGCUCAGACCGAACACGAAGAACAGGCCAAUGGAAGUAGACACGUACACUUUAGGUUUCCGUCUAGCCAUUGGCGUUACUGAAGAAUGCGGUCUAAUUACUGAUCAAAUUGAAUUUUUGAAUCUCUCUGUUCUUUUCUCGUUCGCCAAGAACUCUCUUUUAUGUACUCUAGCAUAUAGGUCAUUAGAAUUUAUUAUUUAUUCACCAAGGGCAUCCAGAGAUAAUCCUACUGGAGGCCACCGUUUUCAUUAAUAUGUCAAUAAAGUGUUUCUCAUUAAUCUGUAA